AAUGAACUGAGCUGAGUCAUCAUAACAUAACCAUAGACAUCGAAAGCUCUCUGGAACAGUGGGAGUUGCAGGGAUUGUUGUUUGCUCAUGCUGAUGAAAGAUGGCAUGAAUUCCCGAUUAUUGUUGGACUGUGCAAAAAGUUGCAUAUUGGCUUCUUCUCCUGUUUUCAGAAGACAACAAUUCUUGAUAAGGUGUGUGGAAGGCUCCAUUGAUCAUCCACCUCAUUCUAGAGAUAUGCAAGCCCUAAGGUCUAUUGAGGUUGACUCCGAGAGUGUUAUUCGAGCAAUUACUCCUGCCCUUGAUCCUACCAGACAUAAAGGCCAGGCUGGAAAUAUAGCUGUUAUUGGAGGGUGCCGUGAAUACACAGGAGCUCCAUAUUUUGCUGCAAUUUCGGCCUUAAAAAUUGGUGCAGAUCUGUCCCAUGUUUUUUGCACAAAAAAUGCUGCUCCUGUCAUCAAAAGCUACAGUCCUGAGUUGAUUGUGCACCCUGUUUUGGAAGAAUCUUAUAGUGUCGGGGAGGAAAACAAGAGAUCCAUAACAAGCAAGGUUCUUGCUGAAGUUGAUAAGUGGAUGGAAAGAUUUAACUGCCUUGUUGUUGGUCCAGGCCUUGGAAGAGACCCAUUUCUUCUGGAUUGUGUGAGUGAACUCGUGAGACAUGCAAGACAGUCAAAUAUCCCAAUAGUUAUAGAUGGGGAUGGUCUUUUUCUUGUUACAAAUAAUCUUGACCUUGUUCGUGGCUAUCCCUUAGCUGUUCUGACACCAAAUGUCAAUGAAUAUAAGCGUCUUGUUCAGAAAGUACUGAGUUCUGAAGUAAAUGAUGUAGAUGCUCCUAAACAACUGCUAUCUCUUGCCAAAAAGAUUGGCGGUGUUACUAUCCUAAGGAAAGGAAAUUCUGAUCUUGUAAGUGAUGGUGACACAGUCAAAUCAGUGAGCAUCUAUGGUUCUCCUAGACGUUGCGGUGGCCAAGGUGAUAUCCUUUCUGGAAGGCAAGUCCUCUGUGCUUGUUUCAAAAUUCUCGAAUGCUAUAUAUGUUUGGGUGUUUCAAGUAGAAUAUUGAUUUCCUCUUUAAAUGAAUAAAUCAUAUCCUCAUCUUUUUGGCUGGAACACAACUAUACCUAAUACUUAAAAGUACUUCUGGAAGGAGAUUAUUUCGGUAAUGCUCUUAAGGCAUUCUUCAUUAGUUCCGAGAAUUGGAGUAAAGCGACUCGAUUAUUGAUUGGCAGGAAGUAUUUAUGUUGUUGGCUAAUCUUUUUUAUUGAUGGGAAGAAAAUGGAAUGACAUUACUAUCUUCAUUAUUUGAGUUUUUCCAAAUUAAGAUAAAAUAAAAUAAAACAUGGUAGAAUCCAUUCCAUCCGACACUUCUGUCCUCCCAAAUGUUUUUGGGGAUUAUGGAACCCACUCACACUUUAUUUAAUAUGAUUUUAAAUCUUUACUCCAUUCCUCGUUGGAUAUCGAGUGAUAUCUUUAAUCCAUUUCUUCACAUCCUACUCCAUUGCAGACGUUUUUUUAGCUCCA